AUGCCUGCUAUGUAUGGACACACCGAAGAUAGUUUGCUUUCUGUUGAUCUUGAAGGGGAUUGGAUUAUAGAAGAGAAACCAAGGUCUGAAACUACAUUGCUUGGAGAUAGUUCAGCGGAAAUCCUUGAUGAGCCUCGGACGGUGAUGUCUGCUGAACCUUUCAAUGCACAUGCUUAUUUGAACUUGGAGGCUGGAAGUUCAAGCCCAACGGUCCAUGUUGAGCUAACAAAUUUCGAUGAGAAUCUGGCCAAUCUUGCAGAAGACAAGAAUCAGCGGCCUUCAGAUGCAAGCCAGUUAAGAACAGGGAGGCUUGGUACUGGUCGAGAAAUGUUUUGCCAAACAGCUAGGUUCCAACAAUGUUAG